CACCUACCGACCCCCUACCCACCACCAGGAGCGCCGCACGCUCCUCCAACACACCUCCUGUCAUGUCGGCUCCUCAACCGAACGAUGCCGAAAAGAACAUCGAAAUCUGGAAGGUGAAGAAGCUGAUCAAGCGCCUCGAAGCCGCUCGUGGCAAUGGAACCUCCAUGAUCAGCUUGAUCAUUCCGCCCAAGGAUCAGGUCUCGCGCGCCGCCAAGAUGUUGGCAGAAGAGUUUGGAACUGCUAGCAACAUCAAAUCGCGUGUCAACCGAUUGUCCGUUCUCUCCGCCAUCACCUCGACACAGCAGCGUCUCAAGUUGUACUCCAAGGUGCCUCCAAAUGGCCUGGUCGUCUACUGUGGUGAAAUAAUCACCAGCGAAGGCAAGGAGCGGAAGAUCAACAUUGAUUUCGAGCCAUUCAAGCCAAUCAACACCUCCCUCUACCUUUGUGACAACAAGUUCCACACCGAGGCCCUGAGUGAGCUGCUCGAGUCGGAUCAGAAGUUCGGCUUCAUCAUCAUGGAUGGAAACGGUGCCUUGUUCGGUACACUGUCUGGAAAUACCCGCGACGUGGUGCACAAGUUUGGUGUCGACUUGCCGAAGAAGCAUGGACGUGGUGGACAAUCUGCGCUGCGUUUCGCUCGUCUGCGUGAGGAGAAGCGUCACAACUAUGUCCGCAAGGUCGCCGAAAUGGCCGUGCAGGUUUUCAUCACCGCCGACAAGGUCAACGUGUCGGGUAUCAUCCUCGCGGGUUCCGCCGAUUUCAAGAACGAUCUCAACCAGUCAGAUCUUUUCGACAACCGUCUCCAGACCAAGGUCAUCAAGGUCGUCGAUGUCAGCUACGGAGGCGAGAACGGCUUCAACCAGGCUAUCGAAUUGUCCGGCGAGACCCUUUCCAACGUCAAGUUCAUUCAAGAGAAGAAGUUGAUCAACAAAUACUUUGACGAGAUCAGUCAAGACAGUGGAAAGGUCUGCUAUGGCAUCAGUGAUACUCUCAAGGCCAUGGAAGCCGGUGCUGCCGAGACUUUGAUCGUCUUUGAGAACCUGGAAAUGACACGCUGGCAAUUGAAGGGCAGCGAGGGCGGAGAAGUCAUUCUUCACACUACCAAGCAACAAGAGCAGGACCGUACCUUGUUCAUGGACAAAGAGACUGGCCAGGAGAUGGAAGUCAUCGAUCAGAUGCCAUUCCUGGAGUGGCUGGCUGAAAGGUUCCGCGACUUUGGUGCUACGCUCGAGUUUGUCUCCGACCGAUCUUCGGAGGGUAACCAGUUCGUGCGAGGAUUUGGUGGUAUUGGCGCCAUUCUGCGCUACGCGCUCAACUUUGAGCAACUUAAUGUGGAUGAUGAUGAGGAUGAGUUCUACGAUGAUUGACAAAUAG